CUCUAACCUCCGAACGGCGAUUCUGUAAAAAGAGGAAGGCAACUAGGCAAGAUUUGAUUAAUACUUCACUUCCUCGCCUGUUGAAUCCUGUCCCCCUAAGCAACCCACCAACUGAGUUUCAAUUCACCAUAUAUCGCACAUCUGAAGCCAGCCUUCGAUCAGCAGCAAACUCGCAGAUUGGGUGUUCAUUGUGCUGCGGCAAGGGAGCCUGCCAAACCGAAGGUCGGAGGUGGUUAUAGACUGUUUUUUUUCUCUCUAUAUACUGAAAAAUGGCGUCUUCCCCUGCUGAAUGGAGAAGGGUUGGUACGAUCUUGAAUCAUUGAUCAUUAGCGGCCUGGUGGAGUUAGAUCAGACAACAAACGCCUGCAGCGAAGAGCAAAUUCUGUACCUCUCAAUCGCUGUUCAUCAACAAGCAGAUGGACAGCAGGAAGGUCGUCGUCUGCGAUAAUGGAACUGGGUAUGUCAAGUGUGGAUUUGCUGGAGAGAAUUUCCCCACUUCUGUUUUCCCAUGUGUGGUGGGGAGGCCCAUGCUUCGAUAUGAAGAAUCUCUCAUGGAACAACAAUUGAAGGAUAUUGUUGUUGGAGAAUCGUGUGCAGAAUUGAGGCAUCAACUGGACAUAUCUUAUCCUGUCAACAAUGGAAUCAUCCAAAAUUGGGAUGACAUGGGUCAUGUGUGGGAUCAUGCAUUCUACAAUGAACUUAAGAUAGACCCAUCUGAGUGCAAGAUUCUGCUCACUGAUCCACCUCUUAAUCCCAAAAAGAAUCGUGAACUGAUGAUUGAGACCAUGUUCGAGAAGUAUAACUUUGCCGGGGUCUUCAUUCAAAUCCAAGCAGUGUUGACAUUGUAUGCCCAAGGUUUGCUUACUGGACUUGUUAUCGACUCUGGUGAUGGUGUCACUCAUGUGGUUCCUGUUGUUGAUGGUUACUCAUUUCCUCAUCUUACGAAACGGAUGAAUGUUGCUGGUCGGCACAUAACGUCGUAUUUGAUUGACCUUCUUUCACGGAGAGGGUAUGCAAUGAACAGGAAUGCUGAUUUUGAAACUGUUCGGGAAAUGAAAGAGAAGCUUUGCUACAUAAGUUAUGAUUACAAGAGGGAAUACCAACUGGGACUUGAGACUACGAUUCUUGUCAAGCAUUAUACUCUGCCAGAUGGAAGAACCAUUAAAGUAGGUACAGAACGGUUUCAGGCACCUGAGGCUCUUUUCACACCAGAACUUAUUGAUGUUGAAGGUGAUGGAAUGGCUGACAUGGUGUUUCACUGCAUCCAGGAAAUGGAUAUCGAUAACAGAAUGACGCUAUACCAACAUAUUGUAUUGAGUGGAGGAAGCACCAUGUAUCCUGGCUUGCCUAGCCGCUUGGAGAAGGAAAUACAAGAUCGGUACCUUGAUGCGGUUUUGAAGGGAAACAAAGAUGGGUUAAAGAAAUUACGAUUAAGGAUUGAGGAUCCACCACGAAGAAAGCAUAUGGUCUACCUAGGAGGUGCAGUUCUUGCUGGCAUUAUGAAGGAUGCACCUGAGUUCUGGAUUAGCAGGGAAGAUUAUCUAGAAGACGGAGUUGAAUGCCUGAACAAGUGUGCUCAAGCAUGAGUUUUGAGCCCAGUUUACCUGCAUUCCUCGUGUUAUUUGUAUACCGCCUUUUUUUAUAUGUUCUCAAACUGAAAUUCCUCUAUUUGAGUUCAGUUUGAUUGUAUGAAGGUUAUACUCAAUUGUUGUGGUCUAGUUGAGUUCGUAGCUAAUGGUGGAUUUUGUUAGAUGUUCCCUGAAGUGUGUUCUGAUAUAGGCAGACAGCAAAAACAAAUGUUGCUGAGAACAAUCUACAAUGUACCUCUUUGCAUUAUGCAACAGAAAUGUCACAACAUUAAUGUCGAAGGAUUAUAGAGUACAAAUUCCUCAGUAGUAGAGCGUUCUAGGGCAUAAUU